UUCAGUACAAAUAAUAUGAUUUUUAUUUUUAGAUUGUGGGACAGCACCACUUGCAGAUGUAUUGGAAGGGUCUCGGAUAAUAGGGGGCACAACAGCUCAAACUGGUGCGUGGCCAUGGGUAGUUAGCCUGCAGAUUCAAUCAGGCAAAAUUCUGGCUCAUAUAUGUGGGGGAAGCUUAGUGAAAAAUAAGUGGGUCCUCACAGCUGCCCACUGCACUAAGGACACUAGAGAUCCUUUAAUGUGGAGAGUUGUGAUUGGAACUAAUAGUAUAAAAGGGCAUCAUCCACACUCCAAGAAGAUGAAAGUUAAAGCAAUCAUUAUCCAUCCAGACUUCAAUUUGGAAACUUAUGUAAAUGAUAUUGCACUAUUUCAUUUAAAAAAAGCAGUGAGGUAUACUGACUAUAUUAAGCCUAUUUGUCUGCCUUUUGAUGUUUUCCAAAAACUGGACCAAAACACAAAGUGUUUUAUAAGUGGCUGGGGAAGAACAGAAGAAGGAGGUAACGUGACAGAUGUGUUACAGGAAGCAGAAGUACAUUAUAUCUCUCGAAAGAUUUGCGACUCUGAGCAAAGUUAUGGGAAAAUUAUUCCUAACACUUCAUUUUGUGCAGGUGAUGAAGAUGGGAUUUUUGAUACUUGCAGGGGUGAUAGUGGUGGACCAUUAAUGUGCUACUUACCAGAACAUAAACGAUUUUUUGUAAUGGGAAUUACCAGUUAUGGAUAUGGCUGUGGUCGAAAAAAUUUUCCUGGUGUCUAUUGUGGGCCAUCCUUCUACCAAAAGUGGCUGACAGAUCAUCUCUACCAGGCAAGCAAUAAAGGCAUAUUUAACAUAAAUAUUCUACUUGGACAGGUCCUUCUAGCCUCAGGUUCUGUUGUCUUACUAGCAAUUCCAUAAUGAAAUUCUGAAGAAUCUUUAUUUUGCAUUGUGUCCCUCUCCAUGUUCUACAUAAUGAAUAUCAUUUAUUCUUUUGGCAAGUAAUUGCCCACUUUACAGUUCUCAUGUGAAUAUUUUUUGGAACAAAAGGAUUGUGACAUAUUAAAUAUGUGAUUAUAAAUUUG